AUGUCGCGCGCAAUCGAUAUUAGAUCUUCGAUUGAAGAUGCGAGAGAGACAAAAAAGCUCCCAGCACUUCAGCGCAGGUGUACUACCGGUGUAUCAAAGAAAUCCACGACACUCGAUGUAAAUCAAAUGAAAAUGCAAAUUGCAAGCAUGGAGCUUCAGAUUCGUCAGUACAAAUCCAAAACUGUAAGAUUAAAUCAGAAAAUUAGUGAUAGCAAGACAGCCGUUAAAAGAGCUCUUGACAAAAAUAAUGAAUCAAAUCAAGUCGUUGUUGCUUCAUCAUCUACAAUCGCACAAAUAAAAGAAAACAUUUCAUCAUUAGAAAAUGCUUUGGAUAAAGCAAAUUCAGAAUACAACACUCUGAGAAUGAAUGAUGCUUUCUACGUUUCACAAGAACUUCAAGAGGAGCUGAAGGCAUACUAUUUAGAAACCCAAAGAUUACAUAAUAUCAAAGAUAAUACAAAUAGAAAAGUCAAAAUAGUAAAUAACGAAUUUGAAGUUAUUAAGCAGCAGAUCGAAAGUUUCCCUUACACACAACGCGAGGUCAAUUCCGUUCAAGAUAAUAUCGAUGAUCUGAUCUCUAAAAUUGAUGCUUACACUAAAUCUGAAACAAAAUACAACGUUAUCGAAAUACAGAAGCAGUUAGAUGUACCAAAUAAUAAUGCCAAGGAGAUUGAGCAGAAAUCUAAACUUAUUGAGCAGAAACUCAAAGAGCAAGUUGACAAAUUAAAACAAGAUAUCGAAAAAGAGCAGGAGCGAUUGAAGAAUAUCGAGAAGAAUGACCAAAGAAAUAUGUGCGAACUUCAGCAGAUCGUUGAAGAUCAAGUCGGACAAAUUCAAGCUGCUCUUGAAAUUAUCGAAAGUCAAGAGAACGAAGAAGAGGAAGAAUCAGAGCAAGAAAAGCCACAAGAAGAAUCAAAGCCUGCUGACCCUCAAGACGAUGAAAAAAUUGAAACAUUUUAA